ACUUUGGUUUGACGGCUGCUUGAACGUCAUCAAAAUGAGACUGUCUGGUCCUGCGUCUGCCUGUUACGCGAAGCCCAGCACGUGUUUGUAUACAGCAUGCCCAAGCACCGCAGUUCCCGGGGAGCUGCUCCCCGCCAGCUGCCUCUGGCCGAGCAGAUCCUACAGGAAGGAGCCGUGAAGCCGAUAUCUCGGGGUAAAAAGCGGGGGCAGGUCGCAGGGGGCGCGGAGGAUGACGGUUAUGUGGAUGAAAAGUUAUCCAGGAGGAUCCUGGAACAAGCACGGAUCCAGCAGGAAGAGCUGGAGGCAGAGCAUGGCCCUGGACAUGGGGCUCCCAAGGAGAGGACUACCGUGCUGGAUCCUAAAAGAAAAGCGGAGGGUUCAGACUCUGAGGAUGAUGAAUGGCCAUCCCUUGACAAAGCAGCAUCCCUGGACACCGGGAGUUUCAGUGAAGACGUGGAGGUGAACCCUGAGGAUGAAGCGGCCAUUGAGAUGUUCAUGAACAAGAACCCACCAAUGAGACGAACUCUUGCUGAUAUAAUCAUGGAGAAAAUAACAGAAAAGCAAACUGAAGUGGACACAAUGAUGUCAGAAGUCUCUGGCCGUCCUAUGCCACAGUUAGACCCUAGGGUGUUAGAAGUGUAUAAAGGAGUGAAAGAGGUCCUGUCAUCAUAUCGUAGUGGAAAACUCCCCAAGGCUUUCAAGAUUGUCCCUGCUCUUUCUAAUUGGGAGCAGAUUCUGUAUAUAACUGAACCAGAAACUUGGACUGCAGCAGCCAUGUACCAGGCCACCAGGAUCUUCUCUUCCAACUUGACAGAGAGAAUGGCUCAGAGGUUCUAUAACCUGGUCUUGCUUCCUCGCGUAAGGGAUGACAUUGCUGAAUAUAAGCGCCUCAAUUUCCACCUCUACAUGGCCCUCAAAAAGGCUCUUUUUAAACCCGGUGCCUGGUUUAAAGGUAUCCUAAUUCCACUCUGUGAAUCUGGGACAUGCACACUGCGAGAAGCUGUGAUCAUUGGGAGUAUCCUCACCAAAUGCUCCAUCCCUGUCCUACAUUCAAGUGCGGCUAUGCUGAAGAUUGCAGAAAUGGAAUAUAAUGGAGCGAACAGUAUCUUCUUGCGUUUGUUGAUUGAUAAGAAGUAUGCUCUUCCUUUCCGUGUUUUGGAUGCUCUAGUUUUUCACUUUCUUGCUUUCCGUUCAGACAGGAGGGAACUGCCAGUGCUAUGGCAUCAGUGUCUUCUCACGUUGUGCCAGCGAUACAAAGAAGACUUGUCCUCUGAGCAAAAGGAGACCUUGCUAGAGCUACUGCGCAUUCACUCACAUCAUUCGAUAUCGAAUGAGAUCCGCCGAGAGCUUGCAAACUCAAAGUGCCGAGAUGUAGAAGGGGUUGCACCCAUGGGCUUUGACUGAGACUGUUCAGUACUAGCUGGCAGAGCGUGUGAAUGCAAAUGAUAAAGCUUUAAUGACUUCUGAAAUUCAGUUAGAGGUCACUGACUGUUUGCAGUAUGUGUUUUCUGGUCGAAGAGUUGUAAUGGUGCAAAAGAUUAUUUAUUUAUUAUACCUUUUAUUCAUCUUAGAAUUUUGGGUGAUGAGAUCACAUUCUCUGGACAGAUUUAAUUCACAUGUCUAAAAUGUAUAGUCCAUGUCAACCUAUAGAUAAAGUAAUGUGCUCCUUUUGAGCAUGGUCCUUGAUCUAAUUAUGUAUAAAUACUUUUACCAUCUAUGGCAAGUUUGAACUUUCCAUGCAUUAAAAAAA